GAGCUGCACCUGCUUGAGCACAAACCGACUUGGCCAUGGGAGUGCAGACGCUGAAGCACCGACGAGAGGCAGCCGGGAGGCGCGUGAUUCCAGCUGGCCACUCCAAACGGACUUUGGCUGUGCUGCGGCGCCAUGGAGUGAUGAGGCCAAGCGAUCGACAACUGCGGCAAUGUGAGUUGUGUCAGAAACAACGACGAAUUGGUCGAUGGUGGUGGCCACCGAGACAGCUUGUACAAGCUGGAGCAGCAAGUUCUGAUGCUGGCAUUGCAGGCUCAGCUGCCUUGCAGGCUGCUCCUCCAGGCGUCAAGGGAUAUUGGAAAUAUUGCUUGUGGUGCUGCCGGCCUUGUUGGGACAAUUGGUUAGUCCAAUACAAGCAAUGGUUUCAUGAUGACAACUGGAGCCCGGCCAAGCUCAAUUCUGGUGUGUCAGAGGAGUCUUUGUCAUCAAGCUCCUCCAGAGGUGAAAAGCGGAAGAGCUCUCAAAGUGUCCCCAAGACAGGGGAGGUCUUCCACUAUGACUUUAUUGAGAUUGGAACGUCCAACUACCACACGUUUACGCAGGCCGCUGGAUCACAUCCAAGCUACAAACCAUGUGCUUACAGGUAUCUUCCAAAAGGAGACCUGUCGCAGCUGCGUGGCCUUGCGGUCGACAUGAAAAGAAGGUACCUUCAGCAGCUCCCUGACCUCCCUAAUGUUACGAAAGUUAAAGCAGCCAUAUCAGAUCGUGAAAUUGUGCUGCCCAUGCAUCAUGUCAAACUCGCAGACAUCGAGCACUGGGAGCGGAUUUUCGCAACUCAAGGGAACUAUAGAGGCUUCCGGCUGAUACGCCUUGCACGAGGCUGCAGCGCACUGGGCCGGCACAAGGUAUUGUCACAUGCCCUCGGACUUCUGGGACUGCGGCAUCUUAUCCGAGUAAGGUCAAUGAAAACAAAGACAGUGGAGUGGCUUUUUCGCCAACAUCAGGUUGGCACUGUGGGCGUGCUGGCGUUGGAUUGUGAAGGCCAUGACUGUGCCAUCGUGAAAGGUCUCAUUGAUGCCUGUAAGCAGCGGAGAGAGUGGUAUCCAAAAUGGAUAUUGUUCGAAACCAACGGCAUGAACGAUGAGUACUUUGGAAAGGGAACUGAGAGGCUGACAUGCGUACGUGGGACGGAGAGGGGUUGGAAUUGGAGAUUCAUGGCUUUUGUGUUCUAGCAUUGACUAUUGCAACAUAUAUUCAAACAAAAUUUAAAGAAGCAACACAAAAAACGUGCUUUUAUUAAAAUGUCUUUCAAGAAACGUUCUUCUUGUUGAAGAGUGUAAACCUUGCAAGAUCCACGGUGGAUGCGCUUCUAGCAGAGGGCUAUGAGCUAUUUUGGGGAGGAGGAUAUCACGACAGUAUCUUGGCGGCGCAAAAGUGGAUUUGAUGUUUGCUUUUUUGUCAGUGUGAGAGAACGAUUCUUCGUCUUGCAGCUGGCAAGCGGGACACCGUCCUCAAGCGCACAUGGUGAGCCGGUGGGUCAAAUCCGCAUUGCAUUUCAGUGGGAAGCAGGUGAGACCAUUUCUGAGCGCAAGCGCAACUAGGCUUGUGGACUUGUGGAGUUGUGCGCAACCGAAAACAAAGAAGAGGUUCAUGCAUGGGUUCUGUGCAAGUGAAUCAUCAGUUCGAUGAAGUUUGGAGCAUUAUGUGUUUGAGUAAUUAUAUAUAC